GCGGGGGGGACCGGUUGGGACUGGAGCAUCCCGCCACGUCAGUCUGCGGCGCGGAGCCAAUCCCGCGCUCCGGCUGCCGAGAAGUGGCUAUCGGGAGAAAGGAGGCCUCUUCCCCGGCUCUCCUGUCGGGCAGCUCCUCGGAAACCUUGCAGGGGACCCCGGAGUCGCCGGCGCAGGCCGGCCAGUUUGUUUGAGGCUUUGAUCGCCUGCUCUUGGGGUUUCUGAUCUAGGUUGAUCAAAAAUUUUUUGAAGUCUGGAGCAUAGAUAGCAGCGGUGUCCUCCUUAAAGGAUCUUCCCGUUUUCUGCCUUGCAGAUCACAAUGAAGAACCAAGACAAAAAGAAUGGGCCUGCCAAACACUCCAACGCGAAGAGCAGCCCGGGGCAACGGGAAGCAGGACCGGAGGGAGCCCACGGACGGCCCAGACAGACAGCUCCGGCGGCGGAAGCCGAAGGGUCCACAAGCCAGGCUCCGGGGAAGACCGAGGGGGCUCAAGCAAAAGCAGCUAAGGCUGGCCCCCUGUGUGAUGUCUCUGAGGAGCUGAGCCGGCAGUUGGAAGACAUUCUGAGUACAUACUGUGUGGACAACAGUCAGGGGGGCCCAGCUGAGGAGGGAGCGCAGGGUGAGCCCACUGAGCCGGAAGAUGCAGAGAAGUCCCGAACCUAUGCGGCAAGGAAUGGGGAGCCUGAACCGGGGAUCCCAGUGGUCAACGGCGAGAAGGAGCCCUCCAAAGGGGAGCCGGGCACAGAGGAGAUCCGAGCCAGUGAGGAGGUCGGAGACCGGGACCACCGACGGCCACAGGAGAAGAAGAAAGCCAAGGGUCUGGGGAAGGAGAUCACGUUGCUGAUGCAGACACUGAACACGCUCAGUACCCCAGAGGAAAAGUUGGCUGCUCUGUGCAAGAAGUAUGCUGAACUGUUGGAAGAACACCGAAACUCACAGAAGCAGAUGAAGCUCCUGCAGAAGAAGCAGAGCCAGCUCGUCCAGGAGAAGGACCAUCUCCGUGGUGAGCAUAGCAAGGCUGUCCUGGCCCGAAGCAAGCUGGAGAGCCUGUGCCGAGAGCUGCAGCGACACAACCGGUCCCUCAAGGAAGAAGGUGUGCAGCGAGCCCGUGAGGAGGAGGAGAAACGCAAAGAGGUGACUUCACACUUCCAGGUGACACUGAACGACAUUCAGCUGCAGAUGGAACAACAUAACGAGCGAAACUCUAAGCUGCGCCAGGAGAAUAUGGAACUGGCCGAGAGGCUCAAGAAGUUGAUUGAGCAAUAUGAGCUUCGUGAAGAGCAUAUCGACAAAGUCUUCAAACAUAAGGACCUGCAGCAGCAGCUAGUGGAUGCCAAGCUCCAGCAGGCCCAGGAGAUGCUGAAGGAGGCAGAGGAGCGUCACCAGCGAGAGAAGGAGUUUCUCCUGAAAGAAGCUGUGGAGUCGCAGAGGAUGUGCGAGUUGAUGAAGCAGCAGGAGGCCCAUCUGAAGCAGCAGCUCGCCCUCUACACAGAGAAGUUUGAGGAGUUCCAGAAUACGCUUUCCAAAAGCAGCGAAGUGUUCACCACAUUCAAACAGGAAAUGGAAAAGAUGACGAAGAAGAUCAAGAAGCUGGAGAAAGAAACCACCAUGUAUCGAUCCCGGUGGGAGAGCAGCAAUAAGGCCCUGCUGGAGAUGGCUGAAGAGAAAACUCUCCGGGACAAAGAGCUGGAAGGUCUGCAGGUGAAAAUCCAACGGCUGGAGAAGCUGUGCCGAGCACUGCAGACAGAGCGCAAUGACCUGAACAAGAGGGUACAGGACCUGACUGCUGGGGCCCAUGGCUCCUUCACUGACAUUGGCACUGAGCGGAGGCCAGAGGCUGCCACUGCCUCCAAGGAACAAGGUGUUGAGAGUCCUGGGGCUCAACUAUCCAGCUCCCCAAGGGCCACAGAAGUUCCUGGCUGCCCUGGAGCACCAAGCACAGAAUUAACAGGCCAAACAGGGCCCCGGCAGCCCACCUCUGCCACUGCCUAGAGAUCAUGGUGCUCGGGCGUGCUGGGAAGGGAGCAGCAGCCCGACCAGGCCUGGUCCAUACAAAGCUCCCACACUGAGCGACCCAGUGCUGACUGAGGCCAAGGUGUUCUGACCUGGAGGGCAUUGGACACUGCGAUUUUUAAAUUGUGGGUUUGUCUUACGUACAUGGAUGGGCAGGUAUGCAGGACAUCAUGCGGUUACAUAGCUAACACUGUAGGUGUGCAGUGGGCUUUCGUGGGUGGGGUGUGCAGAUGAAGUUGGUGACUCUCCACUGGGGUCUCAGGAGACUUCAUCUGGACAGCUCCAUCACAGUGAGCCAGCAGGUCAGACGGCUUGAACAUUUUCCUGCCUGAUUUUGAGGCCCAGACCCAGCAGCCCUUUUCAGAGCUUGUGAUGAGUGGAAACACCUAGGCCUGGGCUCUUCUCUUUUGUAAGCAGAACUUGGGCAGUUUGGGCUCUUGUCGCUUCUCUGGGUUCCAUUGCUUCUCUUGACCUGGGAAUGGUGUUCCUGGGCAGAGCCUUUGUAGGAAACAACUGGCCGAUGAGCUUCCUCCUGCCCAAGACAAGGAAGCUGGGGGUGAGGGGGUGCCUAUGUGGGAAGGAGCCUUUUCAGGCACCAGUUGCCCUGCCCUCUGGUAGUGCCAGGUCCAGGCCAAUGUUGCUUCUCAGUUCUCAGUAGCCUUAUCAUUCACAGGUGCCUCUAGCCUGCACAAAUGAUUGACAAAAGGUCACCCAAAGGAUUCAUUUUCGAGGUUUUUGUUGUUGUUUUGUUUUGCUUAAGAGUUCGUAUUAAAGAUCUUCAAAGGAAGGAAGAGGGAUAUAUUAGCAGUGGUCCCAGGUGCCUGGCCUCCAGUGCCCCAUUUGGUACAACCCUGUCAGGGUCCUUUGCCAUGUUGGUGUCUAGAUGUCCUGUUUGGGAAGAUAAGAUUAUUAAGAGAAAGGAUGAUGGUCUUGCCAUAAACUUGCCUAAGGGUUUCAGCCUGGGAGGCUACCACUAAUUCUCAUCACCGUCCUCAUGCAGCCAUUGCUGCACCCCAGAUCCAGAUGCCCCUUGGCUUAUGGGCAGUUUUUUCUUUUUCUUUUUCUUUUUUUUUUUCUUUUUUUUUUUUUUUGCUCCUGCCCCCUCACCUUCAGCUCAGAUAAUAAUUUUUGAGGACUGCUCUGGUGCCGUUUCCUAGCACCCUCUUGGCCAAAAACUGAGUCCUUACUUAGGGUUUCAUUUCUUGCUGUCUGAGCCUUCAGGUGUCCAGCAGAUCAAGAAUGACUUGUAACAGUAGACUGAUCCCAGGAACUGAAAUAGCUGCAGUUUGCCUUCCCUGCCCGUCCUGCUCACAUCUGUGACCACGUGUGACAGCUCGACAGCUCGUGCAGAAGCUCUUGUUGCACACCUGCCAGGGUACUAGCCAGUUGACACCGCAGCGCCCUGGAGCAGCAGUUUCUUGGAAGCUAAGUGAACCGUAUACCAAGAUUGGAUGAAACUUUGCUUCUUUUUUCUUUUUUCUUCUUUUUUUUUUUUUUUGAGACAGGGUUUCUCUGUGUAGCUUUGGAGCCUGUCCUGGAUCUCACUCUGUAACCCAGGCUGGCCUUGAACUCAGAGAUCUACCUGCCUCUGCCUCCCCAGUGCUGGGAUUAAAGUCGUACACCACCACCACUGCCCGGCUGCAACUUUGCUUCUUGUUGUAUUUCAACUAUUGCAUUAUUCUGCAAGUUCCUUCAUCUUUCAUAACUAGUCGCUAAGCUCACACUUGUACAAAUUCAGAAUUGAGCUGGGUGUGUGGUGUAUGCCUAUAAUCCCAGGACUCAACACUGAACUUCAGACCAGUCUGGGCUAAGAAGCAGGACCCCUUGUCAGAAAACCAAAAGUAAACAGAACAUUAUUGCUUAUCAUGUGUUCAAGACCAGAAAUUACAGAUAAUGCCCCCUUCCCCAUGUCGGGCACUGCCACUUCAAGUACUUGCUACCCUGGUACCUUUAUUCCCUCAGGGUGCCCAGCAGCUUUGUGAAUGUUGAGGGUUUGCCAUCUCCAGCUGGGAUCUGUUGUCCUGUGGAAAUUCUCCCAAGGUUUUUCCCUUGGAAAUCAUAGUAUUCUUCCUGCUCCAGUAGGGCCUCCCAGCUCUCGUGCCAAGCUGAUGUCUGAACUGUCAGCCCAUGGGGCUUGCUGGGCUGCAGAGGUGUGAGGAUAAGGUAUCUUCUGCCUCCUUGAGAAUGGAAGGCCUCCUGUGGCCCGCAUAAUUGGCCUGCCUCACUUCAGCUACCUCUUAAAGCCCAGGUAGGGGUUACAGCUGUUGGGUCUCAGCAUGGUAGGCUAGGAGGCUAUAAUGUAUUUGUAGAGACUUGGCUAUUAGCUCCAUUUCUAGGCCCCCAGGGCAGUGUCGAGAUGGUAAUCUCUUCUUUCCCACUGACCAAAUCAACAGUCAUUACAGCUGCUCUGCUUUCCAAAGUCAGCCCAGGAGCCUGGGCCAGCUGCAGGGAGGUGGCCCAUCGUGAGUGAGGGCCAGUACCUUCCUCACUUGGGUGAGUCCCAUGCACAUGACCUCAUUUUAGGACCAAGAUCUGUGUUGGUUUGUAAGAUUGUUAGCUUUUUCUCUAGAGGACCACAGUGGGUGAGACCCAGGGCCCGUGGCUGUGCCGGCAGUACUAUUUAGGUCCUUGUCCAGUUGAGAGCUUCAUGUACACCAUGUCAGCAGCACUUCUUAUUUAUGUUUUCCAUGAGGUUUUGGACCAUGGGUGUGGCUCAGGCACUUUCUGUGAGAAUGUUGUUUCUGUAAAGAUGGUUAUUUAGCCCUUCCCAAUCCCUACCUGGUCAGUCCUACUGAGGACUGACCAGAGCUCGGUCAGUGGGGCUGCUCAGGUGUCUGCAGGGAGGCUGGGGCCUGCUGAGCGCUGCUCCAGCCUCCCACCUUAACAGCAUGGGUGGAGCCCCAGGCACCUGACCGCCCUUCCUGACCAGCCUGGGAUAGGAGGGCUGCCUCUGUCCUCAUAACUGUUUCUUUUGCCACCCACACUUAUUUGAGGUUGUGCUGACAGCUUGUUUGUUGUUUUUGUUUUUGUUUUUUUCUUCUUCCCUUCCCAGUCUACUUUUCGUAUUCACAACAGCCAGGGACUUGAUACUGAUGUAUUUUACACCACAUUAAAUAGUCUGUUGCCUUACUUGUA